AUGGCCUAUGUCCGGCACCUUCCCAAAACUCCAGAGGAGAGAAAAAAACUAGUUCGAGAAUUUGAUGAGAAACAGCGUGAAGCAAAUGAAACGCUGCGGGAAAUGGAGGAAGAAUUGAAAUAUGCUCCUCUGCCUUUCCGCAACCAAAUGAUGAGCAAAAUCCGGGCUUACAGAAGAGACCUCUCCAUGUUCCAGAGAGAGAUGAGAAGUACAGAUUUGGGAUUGGGCCCUGGAAGUCAAGGAGAUAUAAAAUAUGGAAUCUUCUCCACAGAAAAUGAACAGAGUACUAAUCUGCAGUCACAGAGGGUGCUGCUUCUCCAGGGCACAGACAGCCUAAACCGAGCCACUCAGAGCAUUGAGCGCUCACACCGAAUUGCUGCCGAGACGGAUCAGAUUGGUACUGAUAUAAUUGAAGAACUUGGAGAGCAGCGAGAGCAGCUGGAACGCACCAAGAGCAGAUUGGUGAAUACAAGUGAAAACUUAAGCAAGAGUCGUAAGAUUCUGCGUACCAUGUCCAGGAGAGUAACCACAAAUAAGUUGUUGCUGUCAGUCAUCAUCAUCCUGGAACUAGCCAUCCUGGGAGGUGUGGUCUACUACAAAUUCUUUCGCAGCAGAUGAAUUUUUCAUGACUGAGAUGAGUUUUUCUCCUGCUGAGGAACUGAACGGGGUAUCUGUUCCUUUUGACUGUUUAAGGAUUGAACUGUCUCAUGCAACAGCAUGUUCAACUGAAACUGUACUAACCCUAGAAAGGCACAGAAUGGGAGUAAAAGGAAAAUGCACAGACAGAGUUGAACUACUGGUAAGAUUAAUAAGAAGGUAAUAAAUGUUUUAUUGUCUCA